AUGGAGUAUGUCAAAAAGCAGAUUAAUCCAUCAUCCAAUGAAACUUGCAUUGGAUUAAGUGAGAUCGUGAAAAAUAUGAAGAAGCCAAAACAUGAAGUUAAACGAUUUUCUGGAAACCCCAUCGAUUUUCCUAAAUUCAUCAGGCAAUUCAAAAGUAGAAUAGUAUCAAAUACUGAUACUAGUGAAGAGAGAAUGACAUAUUUGGAGGAACUAACUACGGGGGAGGCCAACAAGGUUGUUUGUGGUUUCAGUCAUUUUCCCAGUGAAAAAGCCUAUCAAGCGGCUAUGGAUCAACUUUCAGACAGAUAUGGUGACAACGAAGUCAUCGCAAGCACUUACAUAAAGAAAGCAUUAGAAUGGCCUACUAUUAGGCCAGGAGAACCAAAGGCUCUAGAUGAAUAUGCCUUAUUCUUAGUAGAAUGCAUGAAUGCGGCAGAGCAUGUAAAUGCAAGCAAAAUUUUGGAGUAUCCCGAACACUUGAAGAGGUUAAUGUUCAAACUACCAGUCUACCUACAUGACAGAUGGCGGAAUAUAGCAUUGAACCUAAAGGAAAACAAGAAGCCUGUCCUAUUCAGGGACUUUGUAAAAUUUGUGCAAAAGGAAGCUAAGAAGGUCAAUGACCCAAUAUUUGGAGCUGUAGGAAGGACACCCACAGGAAUGGAAACUCCGAGAAUGGAAGUGAAGCCUAAACGUACGACGGUCACCGUAAGGCAAACUACUGUAGAAAGCGGUGUCAAUGGAGAAGUAGUCUUCAUGUGCCCCAUCCAUCAAGGAUCGCAUCCGUUUAUAAAAUGCAGAACAUUCCUAUCAAAGUCCGAUGCUGAAAGAAAGCAGUUUAUAAAGAAGCACAAGGUGUGUUUCAGAUGUCUGGCAUCUACGACUCAUUUCGCAAGGGAGUGUAAAGCCGAGAUCAAGUGUGGAGUUUGCAGUAGCCCCCGACACCUAGGAGUGAUGCAUAUCCAUAAUCGUGAGCAACAGACAACUCAAAAUCCAGCACAAGCAAAUACCACUGCUACUACAAAACCUGUGACCAGCAACUGUAUGGAAAUAUGCAGAGAUGGAGUAGGACGUUCAUGUGCGAAAAUAUGUUUGGCCACUGUGUACAUGGCAAAGAAUCCUAACAAGAGAGCCAAAGUUUAUAUACUCAUUGAUGAUCAGAGCAACAAAUCAUUAGCAGAUACCAGAAUCUUUGAUGUGUUGGGAGUUUCUGGAGAAUGGUCAAACUACACCAUGAAGACAUGUAAUGGGGAAAGAGAAACCAAGGGAAGAAAUCUGAGUGGUCUUAUUGUGGAAUCUCUUGAUGGGGCGACCAAGAUAGAAGCACCAAGCUUGCUAGAAUGUGCGGAAAUCCCAGGAAAUAUGUCGGAGAUUGCUACACCAGAGGUAGCAAUGGCCUUUCCUCACUUGAAGUCCAUAGCAGGACAGAUCCCACCUUUGAAUAAGGGUAGUGAUGUGCUGCUGUUGCCCACAACUUUACAACCGUGUCCGAAUACAUUUCAAAUCCAUACAUUAUUUGAUGACAAAGAUGAUUUCCUCAGUCUGUCAGUUGAAGAAAGAAAGUUUCUUGAAAUCAUGGAGAAGGAAGGCGGACUUCGGGAUGGCAAGUGGACAGCACCGCUGCCUUUCAAGAAGCUAAGAGAACGUCUCCCAAAUAUUAGAGAGCAAGCAUGGUCGCGAGCUCAAAUACCCAGGAAAAACAUGGACAGAAAUCCUCUUAAAAAACAACACAUGCUUGAUUUCAUGGAUGGAGUUAUCAAUAAAGGGCAUGCAGAAGUUGCUUCUCCAUUGAAGAAUGAUGAAGAGUUGCCGGGUUGUUACCUUCAAGAAUGGAAAUCCUGGAAAAAUGAUUUAAAAGAACUACAAAACGUUUCAGUACCCACUUACCUUUGGUGA